AGUUUGUUCUCUGACUGGAUCACCGGUGAGCUUCAAUGUUCUUGAAUUCACUUCAUAACUCUUCAUCUUCCCUCCUCUGUGGCUGCUGCUUUUCGUUUAUGCAGCUGCUGGCUGUCUUCAUCUUGGUUUUUCCAUGCUAUGGUACUAGAACUACCCAAGCUUCAUGCAAUCAACUUGAUCGGGACUCAUUGUUAUCCAUCUACAAUGGAGUCUCUACUUCAUCUCCUUUAAAUUGGAGUGUUUCAAUUGACUGCUGUUCUUGGGAAGGUGUUAGUUGUGCUUAUAAUGGUCGGGUGUCCCGCCUAUGGCUGACUUCACGAGGCCUUGAAGGAAAAAUCUCUAUUUCAAUCACAAACCUCAGCCAUCUUAGACAACUCAGUUUGGCGCACAAUCAGCUCAGUGGCCAUCUGCCAGAAAGGCUUUUUUUGUCACUAAAUAGACUGGAAAUGAUCGAUUUAAGCUACAAUAGUCUCUCUGGACAAUUACUGGCAUCUGGUGAUCAUUUGCCAACAUCCAUCAAAACAGUGGAUCUUUCCAGUAACAACUUUGAAGGGAUUGUUCAUUCUCUGUUCCUACAGGCAGCGAGGAACUUGAUUAGUUUCAAUGUCAGUGAUAACAGCUUUUAUGGCCAACUACCUUCCGUUAUCUGCAACUUCUCCGCUUCAAUCAUACUUCUUGAUUUUUCUUUAAAUCAUUUCAACGGUUCGAUUCCCUUUGGCUUUGGAACCUGCUCCAACUUGAGGGUAUUGCGUGCAGGUUUCAAUUCAAUUAUGGGAUCUCUUCCUGGUAAUUUUUUUGAUCUAUCAACUUUGCAAGAAAUAUCCUUUCCAGGCAAUAAAAUUUCAGGCCCAUUGAGUAAUGGCAUUGUGAAUCUUACCAGCCUAAAAGUUCUUGAACUUUAUGCCAAUGAAUUGACUGGCCCAAUCCCUCAUGAGGUAGGGAAACUUUCCAACUUGGAGUAUCUGCUUCUUCACAUGAACUACCUGAAUGGCACUCUUCCCUUGUCGCUGAUGAAUUGCACACGACUCACAAAGCUGAAUUUAGGGGUCAACUCUCUUUCCGGUGCAAUCAGAAUUCUUAGUGGCUGCAAAAAUCUCGGCGUAUUGCUACUCUCAACGAACUUCCAUCAUGAAAGCUUGUCAAAUGAAGGAAACUUAGUUGGUUCUGAUGGAUUCCCAAAUCUUAUGGUUCUGGCAUUAGGACGGUGCCAAUUAAAUGGGACAAUCCCUAUUUGGCUGGCUAAACUUGGGAAAUUGGAAGUUCUUGAUCUCUCAGAAAAUGCAUUCACUAGUUCAAUUCCUAAUUGGUUAGGAGUUUUGCCAAAUCUGUUUUAUUUGGAUUUAUCUAACAACUUACUUUCAGGUCAAUUAUCAGCUCAAGUCCUAGGAUUGCCACGACUAGUACGUAAGCAGAUGGCAGAUGAAGUACACUAUUCCUACAUUGAGUUGUCGCUUUUUGUAAAACCCUAUAACCUCUCGUCCCUGCAAUACAAUAAGCUAUCUAGCUUGCCACCAGCUAUAUAUCUUAAUGGAAACCACCUCUCUGGGAAUAUUCCCGUGGAAAUUGGCCAAUUAAAGUUCAUUCAUAACCUAGACCUCAGUGAUAACCAACUCUCAGGAAUCAUUCCUGACUCAAUAUCAUAUCUGACUAACUUAGAGAGGCUGAACCUUUCUGAAAACCAAUUUUCUGGUGAAAUACCUUCUUCACUCAAGAAUCUUCACUUUUUAUCGUCCUUCAGUGUGGCAAACAACAAUCUACAGGGCCCAAUACCCACUGGAGGUCAGUUUGAUACUUUCUCAGACGCAAGUUUUCUCGGCAAUCCAGGCUUAUGUGGUCAACCUCUUGGGCGCCCUUGCACUGAUCUACGAAAGACCACAGCUGCACUCUCUCCAGCAGAUAAGGAGAGUCUAGAAACUAAAGUCAUAUUUUGGCUCACAUUUGGGAUAGGUUUUGGCAUCAGUUUCAGUGUCAGUUUUGUAACAGUUGGUUUAAGUUCAAGAAUGUUUCCCCCAGGAUCCUGUUGUAGGAGAAUAUUCUAUCAACUCUAGCUUCCAAGUUCCAACCAAGUGAAUAAUGUAGGCUAUCUCGGAUGCGAUGUCAAUAAGUUUAAGGAGCACAUUAUCUUGAUUCCCGAAAGCUCCAUGGAAAUCAGCUUGGCUUGCAUGGAAAUGGGGCUUUUCAUUUUUGUGAUUGCUGUCUGUAUUACUGCUAUUGCGCUAUUUCAACAAAAUUUGGUAGUCAGUCUUCUUC